GGCUGCCAUGCUUCAGGCAGGCGCUUCAAGUUCAAGGUCCAAUGGUGCGUUGUUGAGCAGCCGCAAUUGACGUUCCCUUUCCCGCGCAGGACUUUUCUAUUUGGAGGGGCAGCCCGGAGUGGGCCAUGGCUUGGUCUCCAAAAGAUCUUUCUGAACAAAUGUUCUUCAUAAGCUGAAGACGCAAAAAGCGCUGUCAGCAUUAUGGACAAGGAAAUUACUCGGCGGUGGGGGGUGGGCAUCCCCUCACCAGAAGAGCUUGCCCCCCUGAGCACUCGCCUCAUCACGCCGGUGCUGGCCUGCGCCUUCAAUAUAGAGGGAGACAGCGGGGCAUCACUUACAGAGGAGGAAGUUGAUGAAGCUGCGCUGAACACAGUCAGGGGGGGGAUGGAGCGAGCGACACCAUCGCAGGUUUCUCCGCAAGAGAAUCCACAGGUGGGGCCGCCGCUGGUGGGUUUUGCAGAUGGGAGGUGGGAUGGGGGGGGAGCGGAUGGGGCAGAAGGUUACCCGGGGGAGGAGCCGACGAAUGGCGUUGCUAUUCUGCAAGGCGUGCACGGCAACAUGCCCGCUUAUGGCGCCUUCAGCGGUGGUGUGGAGAACAGCCAGGAUGGGGGCGGGAAAAAGGCGCGGGCGCGCCCUGCAGAAAGCAUGGAAGGGGAGGACGAGUUAGAAGGCAUGGAGCACACAAGCGACGACCCUCCUGGGCGGGCGCUCAAACGGCCGCGCCUAGUUUGGACCCCCCAGUUGCACAAGCGCUUCUGCGAUGCUGUGAAUCACCUGGGGGUGGAGAAUGCUGUUCCAAAGACCAUCAUGCAGCUGAUGAACGUGGAAGGCCUGACCCGCGAGAACGUCGCCAGCCACCUCCAAAAGUACCGCCUCUACCUGCGACAACGCUUCCAGACCGACGCUCCUGCUGUGCCAUCCUCUUCCGACGCCGUGUUCGCAAAUGGGCCCCAGCCGCCUCGAGGGGGAGGUAGCGCAGGGCCGGCCCUGUCGGGAGGGGGAGAGGGGGACCUGGGGCGAGAGCGUGGUCUGCGGAUGGACACACAGAGUAACGGUCAUAGCAUCGGUCUCACAGACGGCGCGCCCCCGCAACAAGACGUAGGCUAUCGGGACUACGGGGGGUACCCUGCCAGCAUGCAGCUGUCGGGGCGACCCGCUCCAGAGCCGCUGGAGAUGGAUGCUUUUGGGCGACCCCUCAAGCGGCAAAAGUUUGUCGAUCAACGAGCACUGGCUGCACACGGGCAGUUGCAGUGAGAUGCUUCUGGGAUUGUGUACUAUACUUCUGCCGGCUAUAUAAGUGAGGAGAUUCGUGGGAAUGUGUACAUUUGACUAUUGCUUAGGCGGGCGAAUGCCAGCGCGCCACCUUGAGGUCCUAGCUAUUAUUACCACAGGCAAUUGCAUCAGAUUUCAGGGACGUGGCUCAUGUGCCGUGAGCGGGCAGCUCAGCGCCUGAGCCUUUUGGAGCUGCAACCUUAUUCCGAGUUGCAGUUGGCUGGAUCGGUUUGGGUGCUUAAGCGAACCUUAAAUAAGUGAACCCAGUCACUCGGCUUGCCGUGAGCGGGCAUGGUGAGUUGUAACGUUACUUAGAAAAGGAGAUGACUCUGACUAUCCAAUCGAUUAUCU